UGUUAAACUGACUCAUGGUCUAUAUAAUAUUAUAAUAUAAUUAUGAACUUCGUAUGCCCAGAGACCAUUAGCAAACAAACGUUUUUCUCAUGGCUCCAUACAUGAAUCACUUUAAGUUCUUGCAAACCAUCUUUUUUCUAUACGUGUUGGUGACAGUGAAGAAUGUGACUGGAUCAUCAGUAAGCCAUGAUGAAGAAUGCUCAGCCUUGUUUCAGUUUAAACAAACCAUGAUUCAUCAACAUGAUGUUUCUUGUGUUGCUUAUGGCUCUCAAGUGCUCCAUUCAUGGAACACUAGUUUUGAUUGUUGUUCAUGGGAGGGGGUGGCGUGCAACAAUGACCAUGAUCAGUACUAUGUUCAUGUGAUCGGCAUUGACUUGAGCGAGAGGUCUCUUUGUGGGCAUAUCAACUCCAGCAGCACCCUCUUCAGCCUUGUUCAUCUUCAGAGACUCAACCUUUCUGGGAACAACUUUGGUGAUUCUCAAAUCCCAUCUGAGAUUGCUCGUCUAAAGCAAUUAAGAAGCCUCGAUCUCUCUGAUUCUGGGUUUAGUGGUCAAAUCCCGAAUGGAAUCUCGCAGUUGAUUCAGUUGUCUUCUUUAGACCUGUCAAGGAAUUCACUAAAGCUUCACAAUCCUAGCCUCGAGAAGCUAGUGCAAAACUUAACAGGACUUGAAGAACUCCAUCUUUCCGGGGUCGACAUAAGCUCCUCUGUACCUCAUUUCUUAGCCAACUUUUCUUCUUUAAGGUCAAUCAAGCUAAGAGAGUGUUCCCUUAAGGAUAAAUUCCCCGCAGCCAUAUUUGAGCUACCGAAGUUGCAAGUUCUUAAUUUGGCAAACAAUACUGACCUCACAGGAUCCUUUCACGAGUUUCGUAACAACAGCUUACUUGAAAAGGUGAUACUACCUCUCACAGGUUUCUUUGGGAUUGUACCAGAAUCCCUAAGCCACCUCAAGCAUUUAACAGUCUUGUCCCUUAGUGAUUGCUCUUUCUCGGGGCGUAUUCCAGGUUCACUCUCUAACUUGUCACAACUCACUUUCUUGGGUCUUGGUGGCAAUAAGUUCACAGGUUCAGUUCCUUCAUUGGUAAGUCUUUUGAAACUCGAUGUUUUGGACCUUAAGGGUAACAAAUUCGAGAAAAGACGCUUUCCCAAUUGGCUUGGAAGGUUGACUACACUUCGUGAACUCUAUCUAACUGACAUGAACACAAAAGGUGAAAUCCCUCUCUUUCUUGCCAACUUAACUAAACUAAGUGUAAUAGGAAUGAAAAAUAAUUCUCUUAUUGGUCGUAUACCAUCCUGGUUGUUCAAUCACACCCAACUAACAAGUUUGAAUCUUGAUACGAAUCAAAUGGAAGGACCAAUUCCAAACACGUUUUCAAUCUUCAAAAAUCUUGAGUAUCUUAACCUAGGUAGAAACAAUUUCAGUGGUAGGGUAGAACUCGACAUGUUCCUAGGACUCAACAAACUCCAAACACUCUGGUUAGGUUAUAACAUGAUAUCAUUAGUAGCCACCAACAACUACACCAUUACCACUUUACCAGAACUGGAUACGUUAGGACUUUCUGCAUGCAAUUUGAAGGAAUUUCCUUCCUUCUUGCGCUUCCAAAAUAAACUGCAUGGCUUACUUCUUAACGACAACAAAAUUGAUGGUCGGGUACCCGUGUGGAUCUGGAACAACAGCCGGGAAACAUUACAGUUUUUUGACCUUUCACACAACUCCAUCACUGGACAACUACCAAUUCCACCACAAACCACAGUUCUUUAUGAUAUAUCUCAUAAUAACCUGACAGGAGAAAUACCAUCAUCAAUAUGUGGCUUGAAAUCUCUUCGAAUGUUAGAUUUGUCUUCUAACAACAUGAGCGGAACACUUCCUUCGUGUUUGGGUAGCUUAAGCAAUUCGUUAAUGUUUUUGAAUCUAAGACGAAAUAACUUCCAUGGAAAUAUGAUGAAUGCUUGUACGCCUGGAAGCCUGUUGACAGAUCUUGAUUUGAGCGAAAAUAGAUUUACAGGUCAGCUGCCAAGAUCAUUGACAAAUUGUACCAAUUUAGAGGUUCUCUCUCUUGGAGAUAACUCUUUUCAUGACGUCUUUCCUUCUUGGCUGGGAACUCUUUCCAAGAUUCAAGUUCUCGUUUUGCGAUCAAACAAACUUUAUGGUCCAAUUCAAGGUUCCUCACACUUCCCUAUGUUGCGGAUCAUAGACCUCUCUAACAACAAUUUCAGUGGUCAGUUGCACCAAAACUACUUCCAAACAUGGCAUGCCAUGAGCUCCGACAAUCUUGGUGUAUCAUCUGUUAUGAGAUCAGAGAUAUCCACUAAAACCACAUAUUCAAAUUUUCCAUACACCGCGACAUUAAUACACAAAGGUGUCAGAACAGAGUACGAACAUAUUCUAACAAUAGAUAUGUCCAUUGAUCUCUCCUGUAACAAUUUUGAAGGAGAAAUCCCAGCAUCACUCCAAGCUCUUCAAGGGCUUCAAGCACUAAAUCUUUCCAACAAUCAUUUUACUGGACGCGUCUUGCCAUCUCUGGGGAACCUAAAGAAUCUUGAAGCUUUGGAUCUCUCUCGAAAUGAGCUAUCUGGGGAAAUUCCUCAACGAUUGGUGCAACUGGGCUUCCUUGAAAUUUUCAACGUGUCAUUCAACCGUCUUGAGGGGCGCAUACCCAAAGGAAAACAGUUUGGUACAUUUGAUAACAACUCCUACAUAGGGAAUCCCCGAUUGUGUGGACAACCAUUAUCCAAGGAAUGUCAAGGUCAUUUAAAGGUGUAUGGACUUCCACCAACAAGCAAUGUGUCUGAGUCUCUCCUCCCGAGUGAAGCAAUUGAUUGGAUCAUCGUAUUCUGUGGAGUUGGAAGUGGGUUGGUUGUUGGGAUUGUUAUCGGAAACUUUCUACAUGCAAGAUAUAGCGAUCGAUUCACAAAGAAGAAUGAGAGAUGGGUAAGUCCACUUCGUAAGACGAGGAGAAACUAAGGAGGUGGCAUGGCUUAAAGUUCAAAGGGUAUGGAGAAGUUGUAGAAGACCUUCAAGGGAUUUCAGUUUGUUUUACCAUGUAGUAUGUGUAUAUUAUGUUUGAGAUUGUGUUUGUUUCAUUUAGAUUUCUUUGAGUAGAUUGUAAGAUUUUUGAUGUAUCAUUUAGUAAUAGUUCCAUUGUUUAAUCUUACAGUUUAUAGAGGCAUGAACAUAGAUUCUUAUGUAAGGUCUUGGUAAGUUGUCACAACCUUAGAGUUGGGGUUGUGAUAGUAUGAAAGUCAUGUCUAUUAUAUGUUUUCAAAUAAAAUAAGUGAAUGUCAUUGUUA